CAAAAAUUAUUCCUUGUAAUUAUUAUUAGGUGAAACGAGUCCAUGACCAUGUCUCACUCUAAAUUAUUCUCCAUCUUCAUCCUUUCCACUGUUUAUAUUUUUCGUACAUGCUCCGGUGAUAUUGGUGCUGCGGCCGAGUAUUCUUCUCCAUAUCUCCCAACAUCAUGCUACUCAAGUGAUGCGGCAGAGUUUCCAUCAAACAACCUAUUCGCGGCGGCCGGAGACGGCAUAUGGGACAACGGGGCAGCUUGUGGGAGGCAAUAUUUGGUAAAAUGCAUAAGUGCACCAGAACCAGCAAGUUGUGAAAAUCCAGAGACUAUUCAACUUAAAAUUGUUGAUUAUGCAAAUUCUGCAGUUUCACAUCCUCUGCUUACUCCCGCCACAACUAUGUUGUUAUCCAACACCGCCUACGCGAUGCUACUCAAUCUUUCUUCUUCUUCUUCACCUCCGAGUUCAAUCAAUAUUGAGUUCCAACAGGUGUGACUAGGAUGGCCGGUUAUGGAAAUAUGUGGCACAUUGCAUUUGAUAUCAUGGUGGUGGCCUGGUGUUACGUUAUAACCUUUUUGCUGCUAAACUUCAAUAUGGCUAAGCUUAUCAAACAGAGGAGAUGAACGACUUAUAAAUUAUUGUGAUCUUAUUUUUAAAAUACGAUUGACAUAGCUUGUUGUUGUUGGUCGUACAUAUAUAGAUAAAUACUCUAUAUACUUCCUCUGUUUCGGAUAUAUUGCACUAUGGUUGACUUUUACCCUUCUAACCAUUA